CAGCGGUUCCGGCGCCAUCGUGGUCUGCUCUGCCUGGCCCUUGAGAACUGGUCAUCGAUCUGGGAGCCAGAUCCACCCAGGGGCACCCAGCAAUAUAAACAUAUCCAUAUUUGAUCCCCACCGAGUUUCGCUCGGCAGGCGCUGCCCUACAACACUCAUCCACAACCUCGAAUCUGGGUCGCGUCGUGCCCACUGCAGCACCCCCCUGUUAUCCCGGUUUGAUCGUUGUUUCGCUGGAUCUUUUCGCUUCGCCCUAGAAAAGUGGACUCGAUAUACGAAUAAGUAGCCUCGGCUGCCCAUCCGCGUCGUCUUCGCGGGUGCUACUGGCCCUUUGUUGUCGUCGUCGUCGGAAGGGGUUUCUGGAAUUCCUCGAACCUCGAACAAGCGCCUGGUUGCGCAAGGGACCGACCGACCAAACAACAUCAACCAAGAGGGCGCUCGUUGCCAAGACCAACCGCCCGCCUGCCCGCCAUGUCCUCCUACUACAACAACGGCCGCGACGACUCGCGCAGGUUGACCAGCUCGGCCCAGCGCCCGCUGCACCACCAAGUCUCCAACAUAUCCGAAGUCAGCGACUUUGGGAGGAAUCAGGACGAGGCCGGCCCCGGUGCUGGCGCCAUCAAGGGGCGUCCUUCGCUGGUAUCUCUACCCUCCAUGGCCUCCCUUCAGAACCCUAGCAGUCCCUCGAGCUAUCAACCCGGUCCGGCAACACAACAAUACGCAACGGCUGCUGCACCGACAUAUGCCCAGCAACAGGCUUACGUGAGCCCGACAACUCACUCGUAUGCUGGAUGGGCUGCAUCGUCGCCUUUUGGGCUGACCGCCCCCGGCGGCGUGUACUCGCCAGUCGGCGAGACCCACCACCGGCACGCCUCGGCGGCAGAUGAGCCCUCGGGCAACCCCGCAAAGGAUCGGCGCAAGUCGCGGAGGCUCCAGGACACUAUUCCAGAAGAGGGGGAGAUGGGGGACAUGUCGUCGGCGAAGCGUUCUUCCCAACCGUGGGGCAACCCCUCCACGCCCUACUUCUCGGUCCCAAACCAGGAGCCGGAGCCGGUGUACGACCUCAGCACGGUCGGUGGUGAUCUACCUUGGGGCGGCACUAUGGACGCCGACACGGCCGCCCUGUUCCAGAAGCAGGAAGCGAGUGGCCACCUAACCGGAGGACUCGGUGAGGGCUUCCGGUCCAACACAACCAUCCGCCAGGCGGAUCUGGUGGCGGCAGCUCCCAAUUCGCCCUUGGCAAGUCCGAACCAGGCAAAGCGCAAGUCGAUGCUGGGCCGCAAGGCCACCAUCAAGGCCAUGCUCGGGCGCAAAGCCACCGUCAAGGACCUUGGUCAGAUCGAGGCCAACCGACGGGGUGAGAUUAUCGAGGUCGUCAUGGACGCGGAGAUCCCGCUGCCGCCGCAGCGCAUCACACCCGCCGAUACUUUCGACCUGAGCGAGAUGGGAGGACCCCUCGGCGACAAGGGUGACUUUAGCAUGCGCACGUCGACGUUCCCCGUGCGCCAGCAGACCACACAGGUCUUCUACCCGCAGCCGAACUGGAAGCCCUUUGUCAUGAGGCCGCUGUUUCUGGGGCUCCUCAUCACCCUGUCGGUUGCGCUCGGUAUCGGCCAGGAGGUCCUGUACCGCGCGUCGACCGCCCAGCCGCUUCUCAAGUUCCGAACCCCCGAAGAGAUUCCCCGCGGUCUCUACUUCGCCUUCAAGUUCCUGCCGACCAUGAUCUCGGUCACGUACGGCGUUUUGUGGUCCAUGGCCGACUUUGAGAUCCGUCGUCUUGAGGCCUUCUACCAGCUGUCCAAGGAGGAUGGCGCGUCGGCUGGCCACUCCAUCAACGUCGACUACAUCACCUCCUUCAGCUUCAUGAGGCCUGUGCGCGCCCUGCGCUGCGAGCACUACGCCGUGUUCAUCUCUUCGACUGCUUCGCUGUUGGCCAUCUCGCUGGUGCCGACGCUCGUGUCGGCCUCCAUCAUUCUGUCUCCUGAUCGGCACUCCAGGAUGCUGGACCCCAUGGGCGAGAAGACCAUCAGCAUCAACGGUGUCUGGUCGCGUAUCUUGACGACCAUGCUAUUCGUCAUCGCUGGCUUGGGUUGCGCGCUGCUCUAUCAGCUGCAAACGAGGAGGUCUGGUCUGCUCUCCGACGUCAAGGGGAUUGCUGGUCUGGCGUCCAUGGCCGUUGUCAGCCACAUUCUGAUGGACUUCAAGGACAUGGAUCUUGCUACGCACCAUGACAUCCACCAGAAGCUCAAGAAGCGCCGCUACGUCCUUCGCAACUCGUCGCUCGCGCCGGACGACAACAACAAGACAACUAGCAAGCAGGAGACGAAGUUAGAGGACCUGGACAAGGAAGACGGCAUUACAGAGAACCCGCACCCGCUCAUGCUUCGGUCCGUGGGUGUGGGGUCCCUGGUGGUCGGCAUUGUUCUCUUCAUCAUCCUCGUCCAGGUGGUUCUCUUCACCGAGGCGACGGUGCUGACGGAUCAGGCGCCCUGGGUCAUCACUGCGCUCUCGGUUGCCAUCAAGAUGAGCUGGUCCGGACUGGACACGGACAUGCGCAUGAUGGAGCCGUACUACAUCCUCUGGCGGCGGCACGCCGAGGCCAAGACACUCACGCUCGACUACACAGCCAUGCCCUUUGGCUGGGUCGCCAUACAGGGCGCGCUGAACCGACACUUCCUCAUUUUCUUCGUCGGCCUCGGGACCGUCAUGUCGGAGGUGCUGACCGUGUUAGCGACCUCGCUCGCCACCGUGUCCGGCCGCGACUUCCUGGACAUCGUCAAGAAGUCCAGCUCGGGGCAGUCGGACCCCAACGCGGACUGGACCAGGAUAAGCUCGGGCCAGGAGACGGUGCUGUCCUUCUGGGCCACGCACAGCAUCACGACCUUCAUCCUGGUGUACAUGGCGGCCGUGGCGACGGCGGUGCUGGUGCUGCGCCGCCGCCCGUUCCUGCCGCGGCAGCCCAACACCAUCGCGAGCGUCCUGGCCUUUAUCCACCAGAGCAAGAUGAUCUACGACUUUGUGGGCACGUCCAAGCUCAAGACAUCGGCCAUGGCCAAGCGGCUCGAGCAGGGCGGCAAGACGUACGGCGUGGGCUGGUUCCAGGGCCGCGACGGUAACACGCACUGCGGCGUGGACCAGGAGGAGCUCUCGAGCGGAUACAAGUUCGGCUAUGACUACUCCAAGGCCAAGGAGCCGUGGAUCGCGUCGCAGGAGUGGAUGUAGCGUGGUUCGGAUUCGGACAUUAAUGAGGCGCUAUCUGGGCCGCUCGGGUGGACAAGGAUAUGCGGGAUAGGUUCUGCUGAGUAUGGGGGGCUUGGUUUCCCCGUAAUCGGUAAUCACGAUAAUAGGUCUGGCAAUACAUAAGACAAUAAUAUACUCUCUUGGUUAGCA